AUUUCCACCAACCCCUGAAUUUUUCAUAUGCAUACACUUUCCUUCCGAUUUUGGGCUAACCAAACAGGCCCUUACUCUCUGGAUGUUACAAGUCCUGUGGUCAUUAAACAUGCACACUGUUACUGCUGCUCGGACAAAGAUAGGUCCGGUUCUUGAUUAUCUCUCAGUUCACGUUAUCAUUUCUUUCUAUAACAUUUCAUUUGGGUUGUUGAGAAAAAUUCCUGUGCUUGUUUCAGCUGUUGUGUCCUCUCUCUCUCUCUCUCUCUCUCUCUCACUCACAUCAAAUCUCUUUCUUGCUCUUUCUCAUAUGGUGAAGGAAAUGAGGCCUGACUCCAACCCAUUUUCUUUCACUAAACACAAUCAUGUCUUUGUGAAGUUUGCCGUCUCAUUUCUUUUGAUAUGUCUUGCUUUUCGUCUGUUGGUCUCUGAUUCAAUAGGUUUCUCAUCAGUCGUAGAGACACCAGCCAUUGAACAGACAACUAAAACAGAAGCUCUUGAUGCUAAUGCUUCGCCUGUUGAAGAUAACGAGCCGGGUACUAUUGAUUUUGCGGCAAGUGAUAGUCAAACUGCGGUUUCUAAUGGUUCUACCGCUAAUAGAACGCAAAUUUCGGAAACUGGAGAAUGUGACUUGUUUACUGGAGAUUGGCUACCGGAUCCUUCAGGUCCAUUUUACACUAACGGGAGUUGCCAGGCAAUUGAAGGUCAUCAAAACUGCAUGAAAAAUGGAAGGCCUGAUUCAGGGUACAUCUACUGGAGAUGGAACCCACGGGGUUGUAAUCUACCCAAGUUCAGUCCAAAGAAAUUUCUUGAUUUGAUGAGGGACAAAUCCUGGGCUUUUAUUGGUGAUUCCAUUUCACGUAAUCAUGUGCAAUCGUUACUUUGCAUUCUCUCUCAGGUGGAACAAGCUGAUGAGGUGUAUCACGACAAGGAAUAUAGAUCCAAGAUAUGGCACUUUCCAGCUCAUAACUUCACUCUUUCAGUCAUCUGGACCCCAUUACUCAUCAAGGCAGAUAUAUUUGAAGAUAUGAAUGGAGUUUCAACUUCAGUUAUGCAGCUUCAUCUGGAUGUGCUUGAUAAUAAAUGGACUGAUCAAUUCAGGAACUUUGAUUAUGUUGUAAUUGCAGGUGGAAAAUGGUUUCUCAAAACUGCAAUUUAUCUUGAGAACAACACAGUUAUAGGCUGCCAUUACUGCCCUGGAAAGAACUUGACAGAGCUAGGAUUCCACUAUGCAUACCGAAAAGCUGUAAAGUUGAUGUUUGACUUCAUUGCAAGACCUGACCUUAGGGCUUUUGUUUUCUUUAGAACCACCACUCCUGAUCACUUUGAGAAUGGAGAAUGGUUUAGUGGAGGAACUUGCAACAGAACAGUGCCCUUCAAAGAAGGUGAGAUUGAUAUGGGAGAUGUAGAUGAAACAAUGCGUAGCAUUGAACUGGAAGAAUUUGAGACAGCUGCUGCAUUAGGAUCUGAAAAUGGGGCGACUUUGAAACUGCUUGAUACAACUCGGCUAUCGUUGUUGAGACCAGAUGGGCAUCCUGGACCGUACAGGCAGUUUCAGCCAUUUUCAAAGGAUAAGAAUGCAAAAGUUCAGAAUGAUUGCUUACACUGGUGCUUGCCAGGGCCAAUAGACUCUUGGAAUGAUUUGGUAAUGGAAAUGUUAGUCAACAGCAGAUUACGUCGAUGACAGACGAUAUUGAUUCGUCCUGGUUAAUUCGUGAAAAAUUGGGAAGCUUUGCUGAAUAAGAUGCGGAUCACAUGAGCGUUGCUGCUAGUGUCACCAAUCUGCCAAUGUCUCACCAGGCAGUUCGCAUAUGUGAAGGGAGAGAUUGUGAUUCUUUGGGGCAUAUUAUUUCAUUGUACCAUUGUUUAUACAUCAUAUUUUUACCUCUUUCCCUUUUUCUUCAGGAAAAAUUACUCCUUAGAUUAUUUUCCCCUGAAACAUACAGAAAAAUUACGUGUUAACUUUAUGUAAAUCACAUGCAUUGAUGGUCAAAUGAAAGAUAUUUUUUCACACCUAA